CCCCCCCCCCCCUCUUCUAAGCGAUUUUGUCUGUACACAACGUACGUUAAAAUUUUGACUACGCACGUUGGCAAUUUUUUGUCUGGAGGUGCAAGCAGACAAACUUUUUUUGGUUAGAGAGGUCGUGGGUUGUCUUUGUUUCGUGGAUUUCGAUUGCUGCUGAGUUUAAGUGAAGAUUUUGAGUUUGAGUUUGAGUUUGAGUGGGAUUUCAUCGUUUAGGAUAUUUGAAGGUGCUGGGAAUUAUGAGAUAUUGUGGUGGUUAAGGUGACCAAAAUGUGGUACUUCAACUGGGAGGGACCCCUUCGAAAUCUCUACAUAGUGACCCAAUUCAUAAGCUUCUAUCCCUCGAUUUUCAUCCCCCAUCAAACCUCUCCCCCAGGUUUCCUUUGCACUAUCUCCCACUCACCAUCUGCUGUUUUUUGUAUAUCUCCCCUCAAGUCUGUACUGUCCCAAAUUCGUCAUUGCAGAUUUUCUUGGGAUCACCCAUGAUUUGUCAUGGUCCCUAUGGAUCAUUAAGGGUGUGGCCCACAUACCGGGGUCGUGGCUCUUGCUUGGAGAAUGAACGAGGGAGUCUUCUGUAUGUGCUGCAGAAAUUUUGUUGAAGGGCAGUUUCAUAUCGCUUUAAUGGAUUGUGCGCAAUUGAGGUAGUCCUGGAUUGCUGGUUCAUGUGUUUGUAAUUUUUGUGGAGUUUUCUGGAUGGUGAAGAGAUGUAAAGCAUCUGAGCUCUGAUAUUCUGUCGAGAACGGUGUGAGAAUGCAAGAGAUUUGAAAACAAGAGAACGGCUUCGGGUGUAUUUUGAUAAGCUUACCUAAGGUUUCGGGAUAACUGCUUGGUCGGACCGCAUGUCUCACACGAUGAGAAUACUUGGACCCAAAGCAGAGGGUGAUUCAGUUGCACAAUCACAGUUGUCUCGACGAGGAGAGGGCUACGAGCCUUCGUUUCACAGAAAGACCAAUCCAAUUCACUUCGACAAUUCUUAUUCUAGGUCAAAUUCUGCAUCAAAAGAGUCAGAUGAGAUGGUCAUGGGAGAGAAUGCCUGCAACUACGGUAUAUACAACACUAAAGAAGUUUUAGAAGAGGCUUUAUUUCGUGAUAUGCCGGAAACUCUUUCUCUAGUGGCCCCAAACUGGCACCGAGGAGAUUGCGUUGCUAAACUGCAGAAGAUAGAAAAAGAACUUGAACAGUUUUCAGAGGAUUUUGGCAGUCAACUACGCAGUCUUCGGAUGUCCAUGAGAAAUUCAAUUUUAUCAACUUCAGAGUUUGAAACUUGGGGAGAAAGUUGUCCAAAGAAUGCGACAUCCAAAGACAAACAUUUCAAGCUUGGGUGAAAACUGGUAAAUCAAGAUGAUAAUGGCGUGCACGAAAAUUAUGAUAAAAUUGCAUCUGUUCGAUGUUUCUACACACCAGGUUUUACUUUGUAUGCUAUAGUCAAUAGAUCUGUGGUUAAAUAAAAACAGAUCUGAAUACUUGUGACAUACCUGAUGAAAAAGGCGUCCACCUCGUACAUUUCUGAUUGUUGGAGCCAGACGGCUAAUUUCGGAUAUAAACAAUACUUGAUAAGCUCUGGCCGGAGAUUGAGUUGCAAGCUAGCCAUACAAUGCUGCAAAUCACAUUCAAUUAAAAA